CACUUCCUGCAUUCACGUUGGAGAAAGAUAACGCACGUGGUUUUAACAGUUUAUUUAAUGUACCGAUGUUAACUGAUAAUAAGUUGUAUGUGUUGUAAAUUCGACGCUGAAUUUUCAUCUUAAAGGCUGGGCUGGAAACGCAGACGCGAUGACCCACAACUUUUUACUGAAGGCUUCUUUACUGUACAAAGACAUUUGUCCUGAACAGUCGCGCUUUCUCCUGCAGAGGCAUCAGAGCACUGCCGCUGCCCUGCCGCAGUCUAUAAUCUGCCCCUUCUGUUUCGAGUGGCGGACACUGGGCAAUCAUCACGUGCGUCUGCGGCCCAAGCGAAAGCCCACGGCGGGGAUUAGACGACUUCUGAAGAGAGAGUCUGCAGGAAAGAGACUCAGCGCUGAACAGACUGCAGUCCUGCAAAAGUUUAAAAGAGCCUCCAAUGCUCUGAUGGCAACCUGUCACACCUGUAAUAAAGUGUCCAGACAACCUGGAAUGAACCGGGAGCUUCUGGUGUCCCUGUCAAAACACAGAAGUACGCCUGGAAGCGCAAGCAAACACAGAACACCACAGACAGUCAACUGGGCCACUCCCAAAUCUGUAGCGAACAGAACACCCAGCAGCACACCGAGGUCAGCAUCUUCAAACACCAGCUCAUCGUCAUCAUCAAAGUCCAGCAGUGUGAAAUCAUCACCUUUUGCUCGUCUAAAGAAGAUCCUCACGCUGGAAAACAAACAGCAGGGCAAGAAAGGUGGACUAAAAGACUUUCUGUCUUCUCUCUGAAGACCUCAAAGCUGCCGCUGAAAAAAGAAAGACUGGUUUACUUUGAGGGAAGCUGCUGAAAUUCAGAGGUUGAUCACUUCACUUCAUGGGUUACAAUGCCAUCUAGUGGAGGAGUCAUUAGAGACUGGAUCAUCUGGAACAGAACGUCUCCUUUCCUUUCAUCUGUUUGUGGAUCCUUGUGGACUUUUACACUGCCAUUCAGAGGUGUGGGAUAGUUUUUUCCAUGUUUAAAAGAAAUCUAUUCUGCUCACCAUCCAAAACUGCAUUUAUUUGAUAAAAAAUAUAGAAAAGCUGUAAUAUUUUGGUGUAUUAUUACAAUUUAAAAUAACUGAUUUCUUACUGAAUAAUAUGGUUUACAGGUUUAUAAGGUAUACUGUAUCAGUACUGUAGUCUUCAGCGUCACGUGAUCUUUCAGAAAUAAUUCUAAUAUGAUGAUCUGCUCUGAAAAAGAAUAUUAUAUUAUUAUCAUUCUUCAUAUCUUAAACUAUAAAUGCGAGUAUUAUUACACUUGUACUGUCUUUUAUUAAUCCAGGACACUGUAAGACAUGCAUAAUGCAAGAAAAAGGAUCAGAUCAUUCAAAUAAAUGUUGUUUUUUCAUCAUAAAAUCCCCAAAAAUAAUAAUUUCUACUGAACUGUGAAUUAGAUUUUGAUCAUUUGAAGAGUCAUUGCUAAUGAUGUACUGCAAAUAGUAAUUGUGAUGAGUUAUUAUUAAUAAUUUAGUACAAAUAAUAAUUGAUUUCUAAUCCAAAAUGAAAAAAGAAUGUCAUUAAAAAUGGCACUGAGUACUGGCUAAGUGAUGUUGAAAAUUCAGCUUUAAAUUCCAGCAAUAAAUAAAAAUGUAAACCAUUACUAUACUGCAAUAUUUCACAAUUUAACCAUUUUACUGUAUUUUUGAUCAAAUAAAUUCACCCCUUUAGAUUUAUUUGAAAAAGCUUACCGAUUCCCUCUUUUUCGACUGUGUAAGUGUCCUAAAAAACAUCCUUUUGUACAGUAGAGUGUAACUUGUGCUACAGAACCAUGCUGUGACUUUUUACAUGUUAUUUGCUGAUUAUUUUUCACAAUACUGCACAUUCAUUUUUCUACCAGAAAGAUUCACUUUUAUAUGUGGUGUGUUUCAUCUUUAUUUUAUGUUUUGAAUUCACACAUUUGUAUCCACAACUCUUACAUUUGGAUCACUGAUAUUAAAAGAAGGAUUGUAUUUACACCUGACUUUCUUAUUUUUUAAUAUUCAUAAACAAAUAUGUGGAGGGUUGUUUACAUUUGAUGGCCUAUUGACCUUCAAACUAUAUAGUGAAGACCAAAAUCGAGAUGGUUAUACUUGUCUUUUUUCUCUUUUUUGCAAUAAAAAAGGUCAAUUAAUUAA